AUGUCAAUGUCAUCUAGAUUCGCCUUUCCAUUGUUGUUGAUAAUACGAGCACUUCUGCUCAGUGCCAGUGACCAUGUGGAAAUAAUAUCUGAAUCUAACAAUGAAAUCAACGGUAAACAUUUUGGUCCAAAUGCAAAGGAUAUAUUGCAUAAUGUUAUACCUCAGGGUGGGACUAAUCCAUUGCCUACCUAUGCCAAGGCUGUGGCUUACAAUGGGAGCACAAAAGACAACGUAAUGCCGCACAGUGAUGAAUACUUGGAUCGUAAUCAGCGCCUUUGCUUCGAGAGACGAAGCUUGCUUUCCUGUAUUAAAUACAGGGCUUCGAAAAUAAUUUGGAUGUUGGCUACCAACAAGCUUGGCUACUUCCCCAAUGAGUACAGUCGUGCAUUGGCGGAGGAUCAACGUCGCGUACGCGUCAUACAGUUAGGUGAACCGGCUGAUAUCAUGGUUUUCGAAGAUGCUCGGAGUUUACAAGGUGAUAGUGAGUUUGUGCGCAUUGCGAAGUUUCUCAAACGUGCAGCCGAGACCUUUAGCCGCAAUCAUGCUGUACAAGUGAAGUUAUCUAGCGAAACAGGUGCGCGCAUUUUGGACUCCGAAGUUGAUGGGCGUUCACGCCAUGACCGCAAGCGCCGCAAAUGGCUCGUCAUACUGCCACUCAUCAUUCUGUUGAAAAUCGCCCACCUUAAAAUGAGCGUUGUGACUUUGCUGCUAGGCGUUCUUGGGCUGAAUGUGCUGUUGGUGGGCGGCAUGGGCUGGUUGAUACACUAUCUAAAAUUCAAGACCUUGUGUAAAAUACAUCCGCAUUUGGUGCAAUCGCAUUCGCACGUUUACGACUCCGAUCCGGCUGAUUAUUCCUCAUUCAUUGGCAGUAGCUUUCCUGGCUCCUAUUAUAGCGGCGCUGGUGGCGGUAUUCAUGAAGUUAACGGAAAAGAUUGGGCCACAAGUAAGGCGUAUAAUGGCGGCAAUUAUUUAGACACCAUCAGUAAGCGGCUGAAAUAG